GAUGGAUUGAUGUAACAUGGGACCAUGGAGGCUCCAAUUCCUAUCGCAUGGGAGCCGAAGGAAAAUAUGAUCUGAAAUUAGCAACUGAAUGUGAUAGUCAGUCUUCCACUCCAGCAGGAAAAUGGAACAAGACAACGUCGAGUGUGGGCAGUGAGAGUGCGGCCCGAACCAGUGUGUUGACUAGUCGCAAAUCGAGUUCAACGCCCAGUCUGCCUGAUGCCACCGAGAACCAGGUGAAGACCUCCGUUGCCAGCACCGAGCAGGCUGCGUCUGCCGACAAUUUAGCUGCCAAGCAAGCCGCGCAGGCACUGGCGGAGAGCGUGCUAUCAGUGGCUCGUGCAGAGGCUAUAGUGGCCGUCAGCCAGGAGAGUCAACAACAACAGCAACAACAGCAGCAACAACAACAGCAACAACAACAACAGUCGGCUGCGGCCAGUGAUCUGUCGGUGGUGGUUCAUGCGUUGAGGGGUGACCCCUCCGCGCACCCAACCACCACUCCCAGUGAUCUCGCCACCAUUGUUGAGACAUUGGCGCUUGAUGACAGCUCGCGAGUCAAUACUACUACUGGGGGCGGAAUCUCGUCGGUGUCGAAUCACCUGAGACGCCAGGUCAGCUGUGACGACAACAAACCCCCGCAGACUGCAACCAGCGUGGAAACACCAGCUGUGGGCAAGACCAAUCUGCUCACUUCAUCCAACACGGCUCCCUCGCCAACAUUAGUCAACAAGGCAGUCGCCACUACUCGUGCUAAUAAGUUUUUCAGUUCGACUUCGGAAGACUACACGAGUAGCAGUGCCGGAGGCGGCGGAGUUGGAGGUGUGGAGGCGGCAACCGAUCUGCAACGGAGCAUGCGCGAGGGAACCGACAUGCUGCGGAACAACACUAACAGCUUUCUGUCUGGCCUGAUGGGUGCGCGAAGUGCGGUGCGCAUCAGUGUAGCCGCCGACAGCACCACACCGCCACAAUUGCAGGCAAACAAGCACCACAUUGUUGCCGACAGCAAGAAGGAGAAGGAGGGUGGAGGAGGCCGGGGACCCUCUUCGACCAACCCAAUGAGCAUCAGUGUUCCCAACCUCACGUCAGCGACAAACGCAACCAGCCUGGAACAGGCCAACCCCGCCGGACUCCUAGAGACGUUUGCGGCCAUGGCGCGGCGACGCACUAGCGGCAGCGGCGGGACUGGCGGCAGCGGAAGUGGCGGUAACGGAACAGGCGGAAGCGGAACUGGCGGAAGCGGAACUGCCGCCAGCGUGCAGACUGGCGGAAACCAGACUAGCGUGCACGCCAACAAUCCCACACCCUCCUCUAAUCCUUCCUCCCUAUUUCCGCGCGGUCCUAGUUCCGUCUCAAGUCUAGUGCGGUUGGCGUUAUCAUCUAAUUUCCCAG